AUGGUGGGACGUGGGUACCCAGAGUUAUGCCGGGGAAGAGGGGUCGAGCCCAAGCGGGGACAAGCGGUGGUGGCGCAACCGGAGCCGCCGCUAGGAGAACAUGGCGGGGGAGUGAGGAGAGCCGCCAGCAGCUCCCGGUGUUGUUACCCGGGCGCGACCCGCCCACUUCCGCCCCCGCGCCAACCGCCGAACGCUGACGGCGCCAGCACCGCCCCCCCGCCAAUCGCGGAGGAGCGGCGGCCUCUCUGCCCUCGUUCCAGCCAAUCGGAAGCGACACAAACACUCGGAGCCACGCCUCCGCUGGGCCGCCCAAUCCGGGAGGGCACGCCCUCGGUCUCCGAGUCACGGGCUCGCAGUGCGGGGCGGGCGGGCGGUGUCCACCGGCCAAUCGGGAUCCGCACGAAUCGCCGAGGCCACACCCCCGCGGGCCCCGCAGCCAAUCGCGGGAGACGUAAACAGGCGUCGGCGCGCCCCCGGUGGGCGGUGGCGGCUGGUGGGCACGCGUCGCUCGCCAUGGAGGAGCCGGGCCCGGCGGCCGCGCCGCCGGAGGGGCGGGGGCGGGACGAGCGGAGCCUGGAGGCGCUCAGCCUGGCUGGCGGCGGAGGGGCUGCGGCGGCGGGGCGGCAGCUGCCGGAGGGGCGGCGAGCGACGCUGGCUAGCGCCCUGGAACUGGAGGGGACGGUGCUGCGCGAGGGACGCCUCACCCAGUUCGUAGCCAACAACCUGGAGCGGCGGAUCCGGCUGAGCGGCGCCCCGCGGGGCGAGCCUCCGGCGGGAGGCGGCGGGUCCUCCAUCCCCGCCAUCGACCCCGGGGCGCUGCAGGACGUGGUGGCCCUGGCCGGGCAGGUGGCGGCGCAGGUGGACGAGCUGCUGCGGAACGUGCACUGCGGGCUGCAGGCCCUGACGGCGCUCAGCGUCGGCUGCAUCCAGACCUACCGCGACGGCGUGGAGAGCCUGGGCGAGGCGGCCGACCUCAGCAUCCGCGCCAUGUACGCACUGGUGGCGCGCUGCGAGGAGCUGGACCGCGCCAUGCAGCCCGUGCCCGCCCUGGCCAAGCGCAUCCGUGACAUGAAGGGCACGCUGGAGCGGCUGGAAGGGCUCUGCAAGUAGCUGCUGCCGCCGCCGCCCCUCCCGUGCCCGCAGCGGGGGCCUGGGGCCGCUGCUCUCUCGCUCCAGCGGCCCCACCGCGCACGGCGCCCGCAGCUCCCGCCUGCACGUCCUCGCUCGCUCUCUCCCGUGUGUGACU